AUGCGUUUCACGAAUCUAAAAUGUGAAGAUUUACGUCCCGAUUUUUCGGUUUUCGAAGAAUGCCGUCUUACAGUGGUUAAACGCGAUAUUAUUUCGCUGAAUAUCAAUGUGAAACUAUUAAAGGGGCCGGUGACAAAUUCAACGUUAUCGAUUUUUAAAAAACUCAACGGUUAUCGACCAUAUCUUUACAAUACAACCUAUGAUUUUUGUCAAUUCAUGAAGAAUCGUAAUCGCCAGAUAUAUGCCAAGCUUUUUUUGGAUGCCAUGCUCAAAGAGUCGAAUGUCAAUCAUACUUGUCCCUAUGAUCACAACAUAAUUGUAAAAGAUCUAAUUUUGGAUGAAAGUAAAUUUAAAUAUUUUCCAAUUCCACGCGGUGAUUAUAUGAUUCAGCUGAAAAUAGCAGCCUAUAAUGAUUGGAAGGCUGAUGUUAAAAUUUAUUUUAGUAUUUUGGGGGAUUUGUAA